CUGGGGGAUUUCCUGGGCGGAAGCAGCGGAGGGGGUUUCCAGUGUGAUCAGAACUUCGCUCUGGAUCUGAGAACUGGAUCCCGGUGACUUCACCCUCACAAGCACACAGGACCGAUAGAACCCUGAACCCGAACCAUGAGGAGUCCGCCUGAGGCCUGGAGGCUCCGAGGCAGCUGCAGGUUGACUGUUUGAAUCCCAGAGAGAGACCGACAACGGAGGAGCUGCUGAGUGGAGCUGUGGCCUGCGGAGGAGAUUCAUGUCAUGUCAGCGGGGCGGAGUGCUGACGGGAGGGAGGUGCAGAUUCCCCUCCAGCAGGUGGCGCCCUCCCUGACCCCGGCCCUCUCAGUGGCUUCGCCCGUUCACCGCCAAGUCAACCCCUGGCCCCCCAGCGACACCACGCCUCAAAGUGUCCCUGCAGGGUUCUUACCUCUGCACAAAGGAUUCAGAGACCACUUUGCAUUGACUCCAGAAGCUAAAUACUGCUGUGAGACCUGCAGCCUGGUCCUCUGUCAGCCCCGCCAGACGGAAUGUGGACACCGCUUCUGUCAGAGCUGCAUCAACGACAUUCUCAGUCAUCCUAACCCGGUGUGUCCAGCUGACAUGGAGCCUCUCUUCAAAGACAAGAUCUUCAGAGACGUCUGCUGCCAUCGUGAGAUCAUGGCUCUGAAAGUUUAUUGUCGCAGUGAAGCCAACGGCUGUCAGGAGCAGAUGAGUCUGCAGCAGAUACCUGACCACCUGAAUGUGUGUCCUUUCUUCGAGGUACCUUGUCCUUUGGGUAAAUGUAAGGAGCGAAUGAUGAGGAAAGAGAUUCCCGACCAUCUGAGCUGGAAAUGUAAACACAGAGAGACCAGCUGCGAGUUCUGUAUGACAAAGAUGCCUUUGACUGACCUGCAGAAACACAAGGAGACGGUGUGUCCAGCUUUCCCUGUGUCGUGUCCAAACCACUGCUCCGUCUCGUCCCUCCCCCGGAGUGAGCUGUCCAGCCACCAGAACGACUGUCCCAAAGCUCAGGUGUGCUGUCAAUUCCAGCGCUAUGGCUGCACCUUCCAGGGUCUGAACCAGGAUAUGAGGCAACAUGAGUCCACCUCGGCAGGCGAACACCUACGAAUGAUAGCCAACAAAAACUCUGUGUUAGAGAACAAGGUGGAGGACAUUAAAGGGGAGCUACUAGAGAGGUACAAGGUGCUUCCUGCUCUCAGCAGUCGACUUUCUGAACUGGAGAACCAGAGCGACGAGCUGAGGGAGAAGAACCGACAGGUGGAACAGAAGCUGGCCACUAUGCAGAAACUAAUGAGCUCUCACUCUGAGAAGCUCCUGGAGGUGGAACUGGAGCUUCGAUCUCUCCGUGUCCUCAGAGAUGAGGUGGAAAACUUGAGGGGAACGCUUGAGAAUGUCCGGACAAGACUGAACACUCUGGAACAAGGGGGGCGCAGCGGGACUGGAUCCACAACACACACUCUGGCAACCCUGGAGAAUCAGCUAAAGCGACAUGAUGAAAUGCUGAGUGUCCAUGAGAUCCGACUAGCCGACAUGGACCUGCGUUUCCAGGUGCUGGAGACGGCGAGUUACAACGGAACCCUGAUCUGGAAGAUCCGUGACUACAAGAGAAGGAAACAAGAAGCUGUGGGGGCAAAGACACUCUCGCUCUACUCGCAGCCAUUUUACACCGGUUACUUUGGAUACAAGAUGUGCGCCCGCGUCUACCUGAACGGAGACGGCAUGGGCAAGGGGACACACCUGUCCCUGUUCUUUGUGGUGAUGAGAGGCGAGUACGACGCCCUGCUGCCCUGGCCCUUCAAACAGAAGGUGACUCUAAUGCUCAUGGACCAGGGCCCGUUAAGGAAACACUUGGGCGAUGCCUUCAAGCCGGAUCCAAACAGCAGCAGCUUCAGGCGUCCUGCAGCUGAGAUGAACAUUGCCUCCGGCUGUCCUCUGUUUGUCUCUCAGAGUGUUCUUGAGACUGGCACCUACAUCAAAGACGACACCAUCUUCAUCAAGGUUACAGUGGAUACCUCUGACCUUCCUGAUCCGUGAGGACACCACCGCGCCGGUCAGAUUUGCUCACCUGCCCACGUCCAGUAGAGGAAAGGAUCAUGGGAAGGAUCAGUGAUAAUGAAGGAGUUGUGUCCAUCUGAGAGCAACAAUAGAAGGAUGGAACAGACCGGAGCAGCCAAUCAGUGAACUUUACAGAGAUCGGAAGGCAGGUCUUCUUCUGAUUGGCUGAUGUACUAAAGAACUAUAUAAGUUUAUGUGUGUGUGUGUGUGUGUGUGUGUGUGUGUGUGUGUGUGUGUGUGUGUGAGAAAAUAUCAGUGUUGCCAUGACUUCGUCAUGGUGUUAUCAGCCAGCAUGUCCUCCACAGUGAGACAUUGUUGCUGAUUACUGAUGCUGUGCAUCAAGUUUUACGUCCUGUUUAUUACCUGUUUACCAAAGUAUGCUGAGAAAUCCACUUCAUCCACAGAGUAGCUCAGCAGACCGGUAGAGACCAGCAGGAUCCACUACAAAAAAGUGAAGACUUGUAGGGCCCAGUGAGGUCCCGUAGGACCCAGUAUGAACCAGCAGAGCUAGUGUAAGAUUAACCAGAAUGAUGUCCAGUGUGUCAGUGGGGCAAUUCAUAGAUCCAAGUAGAAGUUUCCAGUAAAGAUGUCCCAGGAUCAGUUUCCAGUGUAAAUUCCCAGGAUAUGUUCCCAGUGCGUCCCAGUAUAGGUUCCCAGUAUGAGGUCCCAGUAGUUUCCCCGGUAUGCAUUGCCAGUAAUUUCCCAGUAUAUGUUCCCAUUAUGAGUUCCCAGUAAAAGUUUCCAAUAUGUGCCAGUAUGAGUUUGAAGUAGUUUCCAGUUUCUCCCAGUAUGAGUUGCCUGCAUUUCCCAACAUUGUAUUACAGUAUAAGUUCCCAGAAUGAGUUUCCAAUAUGACUUCCCAGUAUGGUUUUCCAGUUUAGGCUCCCAGUAUGUCUGUUGGGUUCCUCUGUGGUUUCUGAGUAUUUUCGGUGACAGAAUUUGAUUCAUUUGCACAGUUUAAAUGUUAAAAGUGACAAAAUAAAAUUGAAGAUCAAAUUGAUUUGUUAUUACACCACUUUUGGAAGUAGGAAUAGAAGAAGAAGAAACAGGACCUGUGACUUUUUUUUAUUUCCGUUGCACACUGGUAAAACAAUAUAAAACUAUAACAAACAAGUUGUAGGCAGAGGGAACUAUAUUAUAUAGUUGCACCUAAGAAAUAAAAAGACUUGACAUGAA